GGCUGCAAGAAGCUGGAGGAGGCGCGGUGGCCGUAAAGCAGCCCCCGUUUCCCGACGCCUGGCUGUCGCGCGCACCGGUGUGAAUGGCCGCGGGGAGCGGAGCAGGCUGGUGAUUGAGGGCUGGGGGCGACAUGGAUCCCAACAGGAUCAUCCAGGCCCUCAAGGGCACCAUCGACCCCAAGCUGCGCAUCGCGGCAGAGAACGAGCUCAAUCAGUCGUACAAGAUCAUAAAUUUUGCUCCAAGUCUACUACAAAUCAUAGUUUCGGAUCAAGUUGAAUUUCCAGUACGUCAAGCAGCUGCCAUUUACCUGAAGAACAUGGUGACACAGUACUGGCCGGAUCGGGAACCACCACCAGGAGAAGCAGUAUUUCCAUUCAACAUUCAUGAAAAUGAUCGCCAGCAGAUUCGUGAUAACAUUGUAGAAGGAAUUAUUCGGUCUCCUGACUUAGUGAGGGCCCAGUUGACAAUGUGUCUCCGUGCUAUCAUUAAGCAUGACUUUCCUGGCCAUUGGACAGCAGUUGUAGACAAGAUAGGCUAUUACUUGCAGUCUCAGAACAGUGGGAGCUGGCUUGGCAGCCUGCUGUGUUUGUAUCAGCUGGUGAAAACUUAUGAAUACAAGAAAGCAGAGGAGCGAGAUCCUCUCAUAGCAGCAAUGCAAAUAUUCUUGCCUCGGAUUCAGCAGCAGAUGAUCCAGCUUCUUCCUGAUAACUCCCAUUACUCUGUACUGCUUCAGAAACAGAUCUUAAAAAUCUUCUAUGCACUUGUGCAGUAUGCAUUGCCACUCCAGUUGGUGAAUAACCAGACCAUGACUCAGUGGAUGGAGAUUUUCCGUACUAUCAUCGAUAGAAAUGUGCCUGCUGAGACAUUACAGAUUGAUGAAGAUGAUAGGCCAGAGCUGGUGUGGUGGAAAUGUAAGAAGUGGGCAUUGCAUAUCGUAGCUCGUCUUUUUGAACGGUAUGGAAGUCCUGGAAAUGUAACAAAAGAGUAUUUUGAAUUUUCAGAGUUCUUCUUAAAAACCUACGCCGUUGGAAUCCAACAGGUUCUCUUAAAAAUUUUAGACCAGUACAGGCAAAAAGAAUAUAUUGCUCCUCGUGUCCUUCAGCAAAUCUUAAACUAUUUGAACCAAGGGGUCAGUCAUUCUGUAACUUGGAAGCAGAUGAAGCCACACAUACAGAGUAUAUCUGAAGAAGUGAUUUUCUCCCUAAUGUGUUAUAAAGAUGAAGAUGAAGAGCUGUGGCAAGAGGAUCCAUAUGAGUACAUUCGCAUGAAAUUUGAUGUGUUUGAGGAUUAUGCAUCCCCUACAACAGCAGCCCAGAAUCUCCUCUACACUGCAGCAAAGAAGCGAAAAGAGGUAUUACCGAAGAUGAUGGCAUUUUGCUAUCAGAUCCUCACAGAACCAAACAUUGACCCUAGAAAGAAAGAUGGAGCAUUGCACGUGAUGGGAUCUCUAGCAGAUAUUUUACUAAAGAAGAGUGUAUUCAAGGAUCAGAUGGAGCUGAUGCUACAGAAUCACGUAUUUCCAUUGUUCAUGUCUAACCUGGGGUAUCUCAGAGCAAGGUCCUGUUGGGUUCUUCAUUCAUUCAGCACUUUGAAAUUCCACAAUGAACUCAACCUAAGGAAUGCAGUAGAGCUGGCAAAGAAGAGCUUGAUUGAUGACAAGGAAAUGCCUGUCAAAGUAGAAGCUGCCAUAGCUCUGCAGGCAUUAAUAAGCAAUCAGGAGCAAGCAAAGGAAUAUGUAAAGCCGUAUGUCAGGCCCGUUAUGCAGGAGCUGUUACACAUCGUUAGAGAGACAGAAAACGAUGAUCUUACUAAUGUUAUCCAGAAGAUGAUCUGUGAGUACAAUCAGGAAGUAGCUACCAUCGCUGUUGACAUGACACAACACCUGGCUGAGAUAUUUGGUAAAGUUCUUCAGAGUGAAGAAUAUGAGGAAGUGGAGGACAAGACAGUGAUGGCAAUGGGAAUCUUACACACCAUUGACACUAUUCUAACAGUUGUGGAAGAUCACAAAGAGAUAACUCAACAAUUGGAGAGCAUUUGUUUACAGAUCAUUGGCCUCGUUUUGCAGAAACACGUAAUAGAGUUUUAUGAAGAAAUUCUCUCCUUGGCAUACAGUUUGACGUGCCAGAUGAUUUCCCCCCAAAUGUGGCAGCUUUUAGGUGUUCUGUAUGAAGUUUUCCAGCAGGAUUGCUUUGAAUACUUUGCAGAUAUGAUGCCUCUCAUGCACAAUUAUGUGACCAUCGACACUGAUACUUUACUGUCUAAUCCAAAACAUUUAGAAAUCAUUUACAGUAUGUGUAAAAAGGUAUUAACUGGAGAUGCAGGAGAAGAUGCAGAGUGUCAUGCAGCCAAACUUUUAGAAGUAAUUGUUCUUCAGUGCAAAGGGCGGUGUAUUGAUCAGUGUAUCCCACUCUUUGUAGAAGCUGUGCUAGAGCGAUUAACUCGAGGAGUUAAAACAAGUGAGCUUCGUACCAUGUGUCUUCAGGUUGCCAUAGCUGCCCUUUACUACAAUCCUGAACUACUUCUGCACACGUUGGAGAACAUCAGAUUUCCACACAACCCUGAGCCCAUCACAGCACAGUUCAUAAACCAAUGGAUGAAUGACACAGAUUGUUUUCUUGGACUUCAUGACAGAAAGAUGUGUAUAAUAGGACUGAGCAUCCUAAUGGAAUUGCAAAACCGACCUCCUGCGGUAGAUGCUGUGGCUGCGCAGAUUGUUCCUUCAAUCCUGCUCCUGUUUCUGGGAUUAAAACAAGUAUGCGCUACGCGAGAAUUUACGGAACAUGAAGACCAGGCUAAAGAUGAAAAACACGAUACAGAAGAUAAUGAAGAGAUCCCAAGUGACGAAGAAGAAACAAAUGAAGUGGGUCAGGCAAUGCAAGAGAAUCAUGGAGGAGGUGGUGGUGGUGGAGAAGAUGAAGAUGAGGAUGAUGACGAUGAUGACUGGGAUGAAGAUGCAUUGGAAGAAACUGCUCUAGAAGGAUUCAGCACUCCUCUUGACCUUGAAGAUGGUGUGGAUGAAUAUCAGUUUUUUACACAAGCACUGUUAACGGUUCAGAUCCGGGAUGCAGUCUGGUACCACUCACUGACAGCACCACUGAGCGAUGAUCAGAAGAAACAAUUGCAGGAAAUUUACACAUUAGCAGAACACCGACGAAGUGCUGCAGAGACUAAGACGAUAGAACAACAAAGUGGCUACACAUUUGACAACAAAGGACUGAUCACAGCAUUUAACUUUGGUGGAAAUGCUCCUGGAGGCAACUGAAGGAGAAAUUGCAAAGGACUCUGGGAAUGGCUUCAUCAUUACAUUUUAUUAUAAAACAGUCAUGACUUCUGAGUGUGUGGGGGAGGUAAUCUGAUGUUCCAGAUGGUUUCCCCUGGGAGACAGCAGUGUGUUUUCCUCACCAGACUGCUCUUUCUAGCCAGCUACUGUAAUGUUCAAAUUCUUGUGGUGUUUUUAUAAUUUGAUGGACUGAAAAGAAAACAUCUGCCCUCAAGGAAACUGAAUGACUGAGAGGGGCUAGGUUGAACCUAGUUGAGUUGCACUUCUCAGGUUUUUGCUGUGCAGAAUUGAUGGAUUCGUAUGGAUAACAGUGCCUUCUGUUGUAUAUGGAUUAUCUGAACAAAUGAAUUUGAGCGUAUCGUAAUUUUUUUAAGUGUAAGGAUUCUUCUAGAUGCACUGUAAGCCUCGGUUCUGUGUUUUCCUACUGUCUUUUACUACAUGACUUAGUUGUUUGUUAAUUGCAUAUACGUUGCUGGUUUCAAAAACAUCAUCUCAACUUCCUUCCUUGGUGUAACCCUUUGUAUGUUGGGCAUUCUUUUGGAAUUAUAAAGCAUACUUUGGGGCUUUCAAGGGUUCUUAUCAGAAAAGCAGGUUUUUCCCUUGAUGCAACGGUCACCUCAGCCCAUGUCCUUGAGAUCUCUCCAUUAAAAGACAACCUACUUGAGUUGUAAUGGCACUUGUGCUCCCACAGGUUCAGAUCAAAACAGACACUGGUACCAAAUAAUUUCCAUCUCCAUAAGUGUGUGAGUGAUCAAUCUCUGGCCCUUGCGAGUAGAUGAGCUGCAUGACAACUUGUCUCCUUUAUUGCUGAAUAUUAGGUUUUAUUUUGGGACCCUAUACAUUCUUUUCCUUUAGUGAUUCAUUAUCAUUCCAGCUAUAGUACUGAAAAAUGGGGGUCCGUAACAUUUUAAAGCAAUAAUUUAUCUUAGUGGAGGGGAAAGUAGCUCCAAAUCUUGCUUUUUUUAUGUCUGAAUUUCUACUCUGCAUCCCAUCUGGCUCCUAUUCCCAGUGCUGUAAUUUAGUCAUGUUUAAUUUUCCCAUGUUAAAAAGGUCAGUCUCCUAUGCUCAAAUAUACACAAAUACCUAACUGUAUGUGUGUUCGUACAGUGAAACUUGUCUUAAGCAGACACCAAGCUAAAUACUGAUAUGCACAGAAAUCUCUCUUCUAUAACUAAGGGGUUAACAAAGUUAUAGUGGAAAUGAUGGGGAUGCAUUAAAAUGUUAAAUAUUUUAAGAUGAGGAUUGAAGGUAGAAUCUUUAAUCCAUGUUUCAUGUCUUUUUUGUGUCUGAUCACUUGUUCAGGGCUUGAAAGUGUUUACUAGACAACUGUUACCCCAAGACUGACAUGAAAGGUGAAAAGCGCUUGGCCUGGGGUGGUACCCAAUUGAAAAAGCUCGACUCUUCCUUCUUUUCCCAUCACUUCUUCAGCUACUGCAAAAGGGGAGGGUGCUGUCCUGGGACCCUGCUCGGGGCUCUUAUCUUUUGUACAAACCUCUAUCUCUCCCACUGCCCAGCUGUGGAAAUACCUCUCUCCUUUUUUCCCCUCUUCCUGCCCCAGAAUCUUCUGCCUGCUGGAACUGCUGGGUGGAGAGAGGUCCUCUGCUGCUUUAGCCCUCUUCAGCCUUCCUACCUCCUGCUGAGGUGGUCAUGUGUCUGCUACUUUACCCCUCCCUCAGCCUCAGUGUUAGGUCCUCUCCAGUGGCCUUCUCUGCCACUGUUUAUAGAUUUUUUUGUUCAAAGCAGCCCCAGAAUGAAAUUGACUUGGUUCUUGUUUGUUUUCACUGCUGCUAUUCAAAACCCUGGGUGCAGCAGUGAAAAACUAUCACGUCUCUUAGAUCAGCUUUCAUUCCGCUAAAGCCUGAGAAAGCUUUGAACACUUGAAAAUUCAGGCCCUAGUGUCUUUGCUAAUAAAGUGAUUGGUGAUUUUGGAUGUCCGAUAUGAGACCCUUCAAAGAGGGCAAAGACCUCUGUACUUUUUGAAAAUCAGACCCCAAACUAAUUGGUCACUUUCAGAGAUUUAGAGCUGGAGAUGUCUCCCUAACACUCUAGAUGGAUAACACUACAUACUACAUCACUUUACUUUCAGUUUACAGUUGGGAUUUCCUUACAACAAUAAAAAGAUAGAAACUUGUUCACAAUUCUGAACAAAAGUUAUUUAGAAGUCAGUGCCAUUGAUUUCUCCACACAUGCUUGGCAAUGGAAGCUUCCUUUUUGCCAUUGGGCAUCUGGCAAAUGGAGUUUUAAAGCUCUGUGUUCAUUUAUGUAUCAGAUGUUGAUUGUCAAUCAGUGGGAUUUCCUUCAAAGCCUCUCCUCCCACCAGAACUAAGAACAAAAAGAUUUUUUCUCUUCCACUAAUGAAGGUCAUUGCAUAAUCAAAAGGUAGUUUUCAGGAGUUAACAUGUUCAAGCAAAAAUCUACCACUGUAUGGCACUAUCCUUAUGUCCACCCUUCUGAGUCAUAGUUGUUCCCUUAACACUGCUGCUUGUGUACUUUUCAAAUGAACUGCCAAGAUUUCAUCCAGAUGUUUCUGACAAUGGAUUUGAAUUGCUGUUUGGUAUCUCACAGUUGUGGUCAGAGGGGAGAUUUUAGAAUGUGGUGCACAAACGGGUGACAAGCUUUCUCCUUCCCAGAAGAUUGAGCAGAUGUUUCUACUGGCAAAAAAAAACCCAUAAAUUCAUACCCUUUUUGAAAAGGUAUUCAAUUAAAGAAAUAGUCCCAAGAUUUCCUAGGCUCCAAACUCCCCUUUUACCUGUGGUUCUCUUUUCAUGUGAUAAAUAUCCAUUCAUACGCAAUCAGAAUAGGCAAGGGAUUGUAGGGAUUUCUUCUUGAGAUGGCUCCAGCUUGUACUGCAUUUAGUACAAAUGUGCAUUACUGUCUCAUGUUGAAGCCAGGCUAAUCGUGGAACGUCAGAUACCAGCAACAUUGAACUGAGCAAGAUGUAGUCGCCCUUGGAAAUGCAGAGACUUAUGAAUGUAUUGUCAAAUAAAACAAAGGCUGAUAAAAGUAACCUUUGCUGCCCUGUGCCAGCAUUCACUAAGUGUGAAGGUGACUGUAUGGACGCUAUGGGUGAAGUAUGAAAUUAGAUUUGUGUAGGUUAUAAUUAUAGCAAGUGUUAACUUAUGUGGUAAAACAUCUUUUUCAGAUAAAUUAACCAGUCCUGGAUGUGAAAUUUCAAA